AUGGACUACUCGUACUUGAACCAGGCCGCGGCCGCCGCCGCGGCCGGCUUCGAGGCCUCCAGCUGCGCCCUCGCCGCGUCCGAGAUGCAGUGCGGGUACGCCGACCUCGGGUCCUGCUCGCAGAUGAGCCAGGCCGCGUAUCGGUACACCGCCGCCAGGGCCGCCGCUUAUCCUGGCAACGCCACCGCCGCUGCCGCCGGGGGCGCCCCCCUCGGCGCCCACCAUGCCGCCCACCCGCAUGCCCACGCGCAUCACGGGGCCCACGCGACGCCGUGUUCCGUCAUGGCCGCCCGGUCCCAGGACGUGCACCGACAUGCUGCUUCCAUCUUCCCCUCCGCCAUCAACCUGCAAGGAGGACUGGGAUACAAAGCGUACUCUGGACACGACGGCCUCGCGGAGAAGAGGAAACAACGUCGGAUACGAACGACUUUCACGUCGGCUCAGCUGAAGGAACUCGAAAGGGCGUUCCAGGAUACGCACUACCCUGACAUCUACACGCGAGAAGAGAUCGCUAUGAAGAUCGAUCUGACCGAGGCGAGAGUCCAGGUGUGGUUCCAGAACAGGCGCGCCAAGUUCCGCAAGCAGGAGCGCCUCGCCCAGCAGAAGUCGAGCAACCAGGGCGGCGUCGGCGGCGACAGCGGCGCCUCUAGCCCGGUGUCGGGGAACGUGAAAGCGGAGGGCCGCUCGCCAAGGAGUCCCGCGACGCCACCCGGCGUCGUCUCCUCGGCCGAGCUGAAGCCGAUCACCAACCCUAACCUCGGAAACGUGAAGCACACCCCGGACGGCCCUGGCGAGGGUAGCUCCCCGAACGGCCGCGGCGGCGGUGGAGGCGCUUGGGGCUCUUGCAGCCCAAGACCCUUCUCCGCAGCCCUACCCCCUUACCUCCUGGACCCACUGCCCCUCAAGACCGCAAACCUCUACUAAUCGGUCCAAUUUCGUCCGGAAUGAGUCCUCGGUGAUUAUGUACAUAAGGGUCUAAACAUGAUUCGAGGACGGGCUGCUCGGAGGUGGAACCCCGAGCGCGUCCGAAAGGUCCUUAUCGUGGACGUAAAGGAACUUCGUGUUUUAUCCGCGCCAAGGUACUUGUCGCGUAUAAAAAGUCCUUAUGGUGGAGGUAAAGGUAUCCGGUGAUUCGUCGACGCCAGUGAACUUGCAUGAUAAUAUCAAGGGGAUGAGUGGCCCCCUCUCUACGAACCAAAUUCGCCCGACAGUUGCAGGAAAAUGAGCCUUAUGUCCCCGGCUCCCCCUAAUCAGCAGGUCGGUAAACACGUGCCCCAUAUUCCAUGCCGAGGGGGCUCUCAAUCGUAAAUACCAGUUCCUUAUCGUCUAUUUUUCGCCAUGGAAGGGAACACGUAUUUUUUUUCUUAUUUCUCUUUCUCUCUUUUUUUUUUUUAUACGGUCGCCAUCGGUCGUUAACUCAACAUUGUCCAGUUCUUGAAGAACAAAUUGACACGCUCACGCCUAGGACGUCAGCAUUCGAUGCAAAUCGUGUUUAAUCUUUAGCCUGGCACGCCUCCUGGUGCGAAACUUCGGCCUUGUUUGGUUUGUACCAAAGCAUACAACGAGGAAACCCCUAAUGCAAACUUCCUCGACGUCGGGCGACAAAUACGAAACACAAAUCGGAAGAGCCCCUCGGACUUCAAUAUUCAUGCGAUUCCGUUGUUGGAGCUCGAUCGUAAACGCGACAUAUACGUUAUAUAUACAUAUAUACAUACAUACAUACAUCUGUGCCAUAGAAGUAAAUUAUUAUUUUCUCUGAUUUUCUUUUUGCCUUAUCGUGGAGUUCCCCCUCUCUAAAAAUGGAGGACUUUCCGUCUAUGGUACAGAUAUAUGUAUUUGAAUGUAUAAGUUCCUAGAGAAGUGACGUGGCAGUAAUUUCACUUCUAUUUAUUUAUUUAAUUAUUUAUUUAUAUUUAUAUUAUUUAUAAUUUUAUAACGUGACGAGUGCGUCCUCCGGUUCGCGUCGGACUGGUUUCUUAUUUUAUACGCGGGUCGCCUUGAUUGUUUAUUAAUUUUUUUUCUUUCCAGCUCGAGUAAUAUGUUCGAGUAAUGCGCUGAUAGGGUCGUUAGCUGUCCUGGGAUCGAUUAAUCGUUAUCGAUUAACCGCGGGACCAGCACUCCGGGCAGCCCAGUCCUCGGCGUCGGUAUUGUUAAGGUUAAACACUAUUAUAUCAUUAUGUGUGACUGGAACUUGUACAGUUGUUGCUAUAAAUAUAUGAAAAUUAGUGUUUUACAGGACACCCUGCUUGACUUUCCUGUCGCCCCGGUUCCGACCACAGCGAGUCCUUCCCGAUACGUAAAAGUGAGGAUGUCCGGUACGACUAAUCGUGAUUAGGAUUGGAGGUAAUUAAGGAAGAUAAUUAAGGGGAUGUGAAAGUGGCAUCCGGAAAGGCAAUCGUUCGUGAAACAUUUCCACGGAGUGGGUGUACCGAAUCGUUUCAAACUUUACAACCUGAAUAUGAAGGUUUCAAGGUAGAUCC